GACGAGCGGCUUCCCAAUUCCUGGCAGCCAAGGGGCUUCGGGUGACCGUUGUAGAUUUCUCAGAGGCAGGCGGGUUGGAAACGGUGCAGCUGAUUGGAGAGAAGACGGGGAGGCGAGAUGCCGCGAGAUUCGUCCAGUGUGACGUCAGCAAACCUUCUGACCUGGCCCGUGCAUUCGCCACGCACAUGCAAUGGUGUGGCCGUCUCGACGUCUGCCUCAACAAUGCGGGGAUAGGCGAGAGAGAUUGGUUUCUCAAGGACACGUCGACUGAUGGGAAAGGCUCCUGGCGUCACGUGUUGGAUGUCAACUUGAGAGCUGUUGUGGACGGCACUCGCCUUGCUGUACACGCAAUGCAGCAGGUUGGGAAAUGCUCGAAGGUCGGCAGCACCAGUGGCGUGAUUGUGAACGUGGCAUCGGCAGCAGGACUGUACCCUUCUCCCAACGGCCCCGUCUAUGCCGCAUCCAAGGCUGGAGUGGUCAUGUUCACACGUUCAUUGGCUCACCUCUCUGCCAGUGGCAUUCGCAUCAACGCCCUCUGCCCUGAGUUCAUUGAAACUCCACUGGUGACGCAGGUCACAGGGCAGGCGGCCAAGCAUCUCCCCAAGGUGGUGGCCUCGCUGGGGGGCUUCAUUCCCAUGGAGACCAUCGUCGACGGCCUGGCCGAGUUGAUAGAGGACGAGCAGAGGGCGGGCGAGUGCAUGUGGAUCACCAACCGGCUGGGCAAGCAGUGGUGGCCGACCGAGGAGGAGAAGAGGCGCUACUUGGUGGCAGGCACACCUGGGGGAGGUGGUACCAGGAGUGACAGUAAAGGUGGUGACAGCAGGGGAAGUGGCAGCAAAAGUGAUGCAAGCGGGGGUGGAGGGACACUGGCAUUGGGUGCCAUGCCACGCGCAAGGAGGGGUGCUGGUUUGGAGGCAGCUGGAGGUGAAGCUUCUGGGAAGCAGCGUGUGGGUGUGGCGAGUGGGCUGCCUUUGAGUUUCCGGAAGCUUGUGGUGCAGCGCCUCUCAUCGGACUUUAGGCGAGCCACCAGCAUCAUCGAGGCACCACUGCCGCUGCCUGUGCCGGCAGGGAAGGUGCUGCUGCGAGUGCGAUACGCGGGGGUGAACGCCAGCGAUGUCAACUACUCAGCCGGCCGCUACGCAGGCAGCCCAGCAGAAGCAUCCCAGCAGCUUCCCUUUGACGCAGGCUUCGAGGCAGUGGGGGAGAUCGUCGCACUACCAGGCAGCAUUACAUCACCCAGCGCACAGCCCAAAGACGGUCUGGGAUCCUUGGCACAGGGCAGCAGAGGGGGGCUGGCAGGGGGGCUGGCAGGGGGGCUGGCAGUGGGGCAGGCAGCAGCAGCGCUGGCGUAUGGUGCAUUUGCAGAGUAUAUGCUGGUGGAUGCCCGAUGGGUGAUCCCUGUUCCUGACUGUUCCCCGCAAAUGGUGGCUCUGCUGACCAGCGGCCUCACUGCCUCCAUCGCUCUAUCUGAGUCCGGGCGCAUGGGUAGCGGAGAGACGGUGCUGGUGACAGCAGCAGCAGGAGGGACGGGCCAGUUUGCAGUGCAGUUGGCGAAGCUGGCAGGCAACAGGGUGGUGGCGACAUGUGGCAGUGAGAGCAAGGCAGCAGUGUUGAGGGACCUUGGGGCGGAUGUGGUGGUUAACCACCGCACAGAGAAGGAUAUGGCCAAGGCACUGAAGCAAGCAUGUGGGCCGCAAGGAGCAGCAGUGGUGUUUGAAUCCGUGGGGGGUGAUAUGUUCUCAGCUGCUCUGAAGGCGCUUGGUCGAUUUAGGAGGCUCAUUGUAAUCGGCAUGAUGUCACAGUACACAGCAGGGCAGGAGGGGCAGUGGGUGAGCAAGGCAUAUCCUGGUUUGUGUGAACGCCUGCUCUCCAAUUCUCAGACGCUGGUGGGGUUCUUCCUGCUGCACUACCCGCAGCUGUGGCGCACGCACUUCACCAAGCUGGUCACCCUGUACCAAGCAGGGCUGCUCAAGGUGGCUCUGGAUCCGACGCCGUUCAAGGGCCUGCCUGCAGUGACGUCAGCAGUGGAGCACCUGCAAGCUGGGAGCAGCGUGGGCAAGGUUGUGGUAGAGAUAAGCCCAAAGAUGAUAUUCGGGAAGCGCAAGGACGAUAAGGGGUUUGACAUCGAGUUCAGCAGCGAUGACAUCUCGUCCAUCCACACACAGCACUCCAGCUCGGGGAAAUUCCUCGAUAAGUACAGUCUCCCUGACAUGGAGGCGAUGCUGCAAGAGCUAGGGGUGAUGUCGAAGCUGAGGAAACGGGGCCACCAUGCUGUGAACAUAGAGCUCGACCUCACAGACCCCUUCGUGCAUAAGAUGCUCUGGACCACCCCAGCAGCUCCUGAGCCUCUUUGCGAGUGCGCCCUGCGCAUUCUCACCUCCACUUCACUGCUUCAUGCAGUGCGGCCCAGCGAGGUGAUAGGCAAAGGGGCAGCCGUGCUCAAGGCGUGGGAGAGUGGGUUAGGCGAGUACCAUCCGCUCAAGCUGCUGCUGGUUGACUGGCUGCUGCUUCAAGACCCUCUGGCUCCCUGUGAUGAGACCUUGCUGCCAGGCCAACACAUGCCAGGUCUCGGGGUUGCGAUCGAAUUUGGCAACUUGCUCUAUCGCAUGGCACAGGAGGGCGAGUUUGAUGCGGUGGUGAAUCGUCCCCUGCACUUCCACAACGCAGUCAUGUACGCACCCACGGGCAACCGCUUCCUUAACCCACAGGUGGAGGCGCGGUUUCGAGUGCUGGUGCAGGACAUGGAGGCUAAUGUGCUGGCGAAGUCCCUUGCUGACGUGUCACACACCAUUCAGUGUGCUGGAUUGAGACUCGCUCAUUCCACCACAGAUACUUCAACCACAGACGGUUCAACCAGCACUACCAGCGGUACCACCAGCAGCACACCAAAUACCACCUCCCCCAGCAGCACCUCAGAGGACACCAGCGCCGGCACCACCCCAGAUAAGACCUCCCCCCGCACAACUCCAGAUACCACCUCCCCCAGCAGCCACGCCGUGAGAGUCAUCACCUGGACGGCAGAGGAGCAGGCCAAUCCGGUGUCAGAGAGGAUGAAGGCCUUCUUGGCGUCAGAGCCCUACCUCUCAUUGGUGCAGAGGGACUCACGUGGCAUCACAGCCAAUGAGCAUCUGACACGUGCGCGCUCCAUGCUGGUCAAUGGCCGGCGCGUCUCGCUCAGCAGCAGCGGCAGGGAGCUGGGGAGUGGGAGAGAGAUGGGUAAUGGGGGCAGUGGCAGGGAGGUGGGGAAUGGGGGCAGUGGCAGGGAGGUGGGGAAUGGGGGCAGCGGCAGGGAGGUGGGUCAUGGGAAUGGGAACAGUGGGAGUGGGAGGGAAGUGAAAGGUAGCAUUGGGAGGGGUGCAAACGGAAGCUUUGGCAGGGAGGACAGUUGCAAUGGUAGGGACAUGGAUAACAACCGCAGCUGCCCCAGCUUGCAGAAUCAGGAGGGUGUUGCGGCUAAUGCAGGUACAGCUGGGGAUGUUACAGCUGGUGAUGCUGGUGACCAGGUUGGAUCGUUAAAGCCAGUGUUUGGGUUGGACUCAUUGGAUGGGGUGGAGAGUCAGGAGGCGAUAAAGAAGCGGAUAGAUGGGGGGGUGCCCGUGUGGGAAGUGGCCAAGUUCAUCCGGUAUCUGGAGCUGAAGCGGGCCGGCAGGAGCAUCAACGAUGCUCUGAGGAACUCCAAGGGCUACCGCAAUCCCGACUUCAUGCAGCAGGUAGUGAAGCACGAGGGAAUAGACGAGCACGGCUCUUGCUUUCCUAAGGACGUCUUUAAUCCCCACGGCUUUGACCGAUCUGACUACUACGACGCUCUUGACGUCUUUAAUCCCCACGGCUUUGACCGAUCUGACUACUACGACGCUCUUGGUACGCUUCCUCAUGCUUAA